AUGACAGACGAUGCAGCGCUGAUCAAGGACAUCUUCGAGCUAUGCGUGUCUCAAGUCGUCGCUAGCGAAGCACGAGCGCCCUUCCAAAGUGUGCGCAGGUCGGCCGUGUCUGUCCUCUGUGAGAUCGCAACUCGGUACCUCGAACAAGUCCUGCACUCUUCGAAAGCCUACGCAGAGCACGCUGGCAAGACCUCCGUCAGCUUCAGAGAUGUCCGAUCUGCGCUGAGAGACUAUGGGCUCGAGCGGAGAGAGCUCGAAACCUACUGGACAUCAUUCCGACAAGUCAACUGUGAGACAACGCAAGAUGCUCUUCAUGCCUUGGCGAGCUACGUGCCAGCGCACUAUGCCGCACCUCACCGGAAACCGCUCGCAAGACUCACUUAUGGCGCACUUACCGAGGCUGAGCUGCGUGAGCUGGGCCAAGCGAGCGAGACAGACGAGGAGGAACAGGACAUCAAGCAAUCGUCCAUACAUCAGGAUGAGUCCAGUGACGAAUCUGACUCUGACAGCUCAGCCUACAACUCUCGCGAAGCAGCCAGCAGUCGAGCACAACGCGUCAAGAUGACGUCAAGUCCUGCUUUUGUGCUACAAGACGAAGCAGAGCCAUCAGACGAGCCAGCUGCCUCAAUGUGGAUCUCGCCCGAUGCUGUGCCCGCCUUCGUGCCCGACUUUCUGCCGCCUUUCCCGGGCAGAGAGCGCAGCAAGGCAACAAAUAUCGAUGGCGGAGCAACGCAAUCUCGCGCGAUGAAACGAGACGACAGUGCAGACGGCCCAGAGGAGGACGAUGCCGGUGAAGUGGAGCUGAACGAGCAUCAUGGCGAUCCAUGGCAGCGUCUGAUCUCCUGGCGUAAUUCCAGCUUGGCCUCACGCGAUCCUGCAACAUUGCCGUCUGUGCGGAGCAAGAAACGCGCACGCUCGCCUCCUUCAUCACUCAAAGCUUUUGCAGAUGCGUAUACUGCACUCGCAUCCGACGCAUCCGUCGGCACGGUCUACGCCAGACCAAACCCCAAGCGCAAGAGAGCAGUCGCCAAUGUGAUCCAAGAGCCACUCGCAGACAGCUUGACAGGCUCGAUACCGCCAACGCUCUACCGCCAAUCCUAUAGAACUACAGGCUGGCUGCCAAAGGCACCCGCAAGUAAAGCACCGGAUGGUACGCCUCUGCCUGAUCUGGUCGCGCCUGCCUUUGGCGACCUGCCGCUGUCGCUUUCGAGUGCCGUGCCGCCCUGGGUGACUCCGCAUCCUCAUACUGUCGCGCCGCCGCAGCAUCAGCGUCAGCCAAGACUGUUUGCGAGUCUUGUCGAUGCUCUCGCACCUCACAGCCCAGUCUUCUUCGCUCGCAUGCUCAGGACAGGACCGCCGGCCCCGCUUGAUCAGAACGGAGCGAGCCUGGAUUUCGCACUUGAAGAAGGUCAGACAGAUGACGCGCGCUUCUACGCGCCAGCAUUCGAUUGGGACACCAAAGACCCGACGAUCUCGAUAUCGCGAGAUCAGUGA